AUGAAUAUUGACGAAGUUGUUUGGUAAAUAAUAAAUCGAUAAUAAUGUUCUUUUAAAGUUAAAACUGAUACAAGAAACUUUUGCAGAAACGAAUAUAAUUUAACAGGUUUAUGUAAUCGUCAAGCCUGUCCUUUAGCAAAUUCGCAAUACGCAACAAUUAAACAUGAAAAAGGCAUCUGUUAUUUAUAUAUAAAGACGGCAGAAAGAGCUCAUACUCCUGCAAAUUAAUGGGAGAAAAUAUAAUUGUCUAAAAAUUAUGAUAAAGUAAAAAUUUUUAAAAUAUAUAUAAAAUAAUAAAUAAUGUAUAAAAAGGCAUUAUUAGAAAUAGAUGAGCAUUUACCUUACUGGUCUAAUUUUAUUAUACAUAAAUGUAAAUAAAGAUUAACAAAAUUAAGAUAAAUGCUUAUAAGAAUAAGAAAAAUGAAAAUAAAUGGAUUUAAAGAACUUGUUCCGAUAAAAAAGAAAGCAGAAAGAAGAGAUAAAAUAAGGGAAUAAAAAGCCUUAAUAGCCGCAAAUUUAGAAGAAUAAAUUGAAAAAGAAUUAAUUGAAAGACUUAAAGAUGGUGUAUAUGAAGAUAUUUAUAACUUUAAUAAAAACGCCUUCAAAAAAGUCAUGGACGAUUAAGAAAUAUACGAAUAAGAAGAAGAAGGGGAAGAAAAAGACGAAGCUUCUGAAGAAAACAUUAGUGAUGCUGAAUUUGUUUAUGAUCCUAAUUAAUAAUAUAGUGAUGAUGAUAAUUUAGACUAAUAAAGUGAAGAUAAUGAACAAGAAUAAUCAUAAUAAAGUAUAGAAGAAGAAUAAAAGAAGAAAAUUAAUAAAAAAAGUAAUAAUAAAUAGAAAAAAAAUUCCAGAAAAGUCAGAAUAGAAUAUGAAUAAGAAGAAGAAUUUUAAUAAUAAAAAAAGGAGUAAAUUACUCAUGAUUUUUGAUAAAAUUAAAAUAUAAUUUAAUGUUUAUUUUUCUUUAAAAGGAAUGAAAAAUUUAUUAUUUUUUUUUUUUG